UAACCAUAAAAUCAUUUUCAUUGCUACUUCAUAACUGUAAUUUUACUGGUGUUAUGAAUCAUAAUGUAAAUAUUUUUGAAGAUAGAGGAUUGUCAAAGGGUCUCGACCCACAAGUUGGGAACCGCUGUCAUACAGGGUUCCCGCAGGAAGCCCUUGGUGCUAGCUGCACAAACUUUCAGAGUUCUAGCUUCUAACAAGGAGUGCGAUAAUUCCCCACAGUUCUCCCAAAAAUUGCUGCCUUAGAAUGUACUUUGGACCCAGACUAUAUAGUGCUACAGCAGGUCUGGGGUUAUGAAGGACUGAAGCAGUGAGUUUUCCAUGCGCAACGCCUGCCUCCCUAGUACCGGCAACUGAACAGGAGGUGGGAGUCAGAGUCCCAGGGUGCUCCUACUGGCCAGCCGGGAAGGGCGGAGCCCGAGCCGCUGCCCGCCCGGAAGCGCGCCGGCGGGAAGCCGGCGUGGAGCGCGCCUGUACUGGCGCGGAGAUCAUCGUGGCAGGUACUCAGAGGGCGGCGGGAAGUUUGCUGCUGAGGCGGAACCAAAGCUACUCCAUGCCAACGGAGCCCCUCUCUGCGUUUCCCAUAUGACGGAGGUGUGAAUUGGGAAUUGUGGCGCGAGAGCCUCUUCUAGGGGCUGCGAUGUGAGAUCUUUGUCCUGGGACCCCAAAGUCCUCUUGGCUCCCCUUCGCACUGUUUAUUGACUCCCUCAUGCACAAGAAACGCCUGCAGUGGAAGAGGGUCCCUGGGUCCUCCCCAAACUCAUGAGUGUGAAAGUUGAAGGUUGGCCCUUAUUGCAAGAGCCCUAUAGGUGGGGUCAGGGAUCACGUGGCCAGAUUCCCCUUGGUCUGGCAGAAUUCGCCUGGCCAGCUGUUCACAGAGCCUCCCUGCCCAGUUCCCCUCCUGGGUGGGAUGAUACAGUUCUCAUUAACAGCACAGAUGUAGGUCCUUGGGCUGCAGUGACCACUCCACUCUGUACCCUUCAGGCCCUGGGUUCUUGGGCCGGUGGUUCCAAGAGCUGCCUGUUUCCAGGCUGAGUUAUGUUACUCUGAUCCGGAGAAGGAAUUGGUCCCCUACAGCUCACUCCUCCCCCUGCUUCUGCAGCUUCCUUCAGCCUUGCCUGAGCAGGCUUGCUUGGCAAGCUGGGACAUGUCUGGUCCCCGAGGACCUUCCAUGGGUGAUGGCUGCAGUGUUGGAGGGGCUGGAGCCGGAGGAAGCUGCUACAGAGGAUGCUGCAAGACCCGCUGUGGAGGCUGUGGAUUCCAGGCCUGGGGCACCUUUUCUCCUGGCUGGGAACCAGUUGAACUUGGACAUUCGCCCAGGGGGCUGCCAUCGGCUGCAAUACCUGUGUUCCCAGCAGCCCCCACAGCUGCUGCAGGUGGAGUUCUUGCGACUCAGUACCCACGAGGACCCUCGACUGCUAGAUGACACCCUAGCCCAGGUUCCGUGGAGUCUGUUGCGCCUUCGCUCCCUGGUCCUCAAAGGGGGCCAGAGCCGGGGUGCCCUGGGUGCCUGCCUUCGUGGUACCCUGACCACUCUGCCUGCUGGCCUGAGUGACUUGGCCUGCCUGGCCCACUUGGACCUGAGCUUCAACAGGCUGGAGACGCUGCCGACCUGCAUCCCGGAACUGCGCAGCUUGGAUUCCUUGCUGCUUUCACACAACUGUCUCUCAGAGCUGCCCGAAGCCCUGGGGGCCCUGCCCACCCUUACCUUCCUCUCUGUGACACACAACUGCCUCAAGAGGCUGCCUACAACACUGGGGUGCCUGUCCACCCUUCAGCGUCUUGAUCUCUCUGAGAACCUUCUAGACACCAUACCCUCUGAGAUUGGAGACCUGAGCAGCCUCAGUGAACUCAAUCUGGCCUCCAACCGACUGCAGAAUCUCCCAGCCUCCCUUGCGGGCCUGCGGUCCCUGCGGCUCCUUGUUCUGCAUAGCAACCUCCUGACCUCAGUGCCCACUGGCCUGGCCCACCUGCCACUGAUCUCUCGGCUUGAUCUGAGGGACAACCAGCUCCGGGACCUGCCUGCUGAGCUACUAGAUGCUCCCUUUGUGCGCCUGCAGGGGAACCCUCUGGGUGAAACUUCUGCAGCACCCCUAAGUCCCCCAGACAUAUCCCGGAUUCCAGAAAUGCCCAGGCUAUUCCUUACCUCGGAUUUGGACAGCUUCCUUGUGACUCCCCACGGCUGUUCUGUGACCCUGGCCUGUGGUGUCCGCCUACAGUUCCCAGCAGGAGCCACCACCACACCCAUCACCAUCCACUAUCGACUGUGGCUGCCGGAGCCCCACCUGGUCUCUCUGGGACCUCACGACUUCCUGCUUAGUGGUGUUCUGGAGCUGCAGCCCCAUGGGGUGGCUUUCCAGCAGGAUGUGAGCUUAUGGCUGCUCUUCGUCCCCCCACGAGUCCGUCGCUGCCGUGAGGUGGUUGUGAGGACACGGAGUGACAAUAGCUGGAAUGACCUAGAGACCCACCUGGAGGAAGAGGCACCCAAGAGGCUCUGGGCUAGAUGCCAGGUGCCCCACUUCUCCUGGUUCCUUGUCGUUUUACGCCCAGUAUCCAACACUUGCCUGUUGCCACCAGAGGGAGCACUUCUGUGCUCCUCAGGUCAUCCUGGGGUCAAAGUCACCUUUCCCUCCGGGGCCACAGAAGAGCCUCGGCAAGUCACCAUGCAGGUAGUGCAUAUGGCUGGUGCAGAGCUGAGAGCUCUCCUGGAAGAAUCAGAGGCAUCGGUGAGUCCUCUGCUGUGCCUCUCACAGAGCGGGCCCCCCAGCUUCCUACACCCCGUCACUGUGCAGUUACCCUUGCCCCCCGGUGUUACAGGUUUCAGUCUGGACCGCUCCCACCUGCAUCUGCUGUACCGGACACCCUCAACAACCACCUGGGACGACAUCACCACUCAGGUGGCAUUGGAACUCACUCACCUGUAUGCACGCUUCCAGGUCACACACUUCUCCUGGUACUGGCUCUGGUAUACCACCAAAAGCUGUGUGGGGGGCCUGGCCAGGAAGGCCUGGGAACGGCUGCGCCUGCACCGCGUGAACCUCAUCGCACUACAAAGGCGCCGGGACCCCGAGCAGGUCCUGCUACAGUGUCUGCCCCGGAACAAGGUGGAUGCCACCCUUUGUCGGCUGCUGGAUCGGUACCGCGGCCCCGAACCCUCUGAUACUGUGGAGAUGUUUGAGGGUGAGAAGUUCUUUGCAGCCUUUGAGCGGGGCAUUGAUGUAGAUGCUGACCGUCCAGACUGUGUGGAUGGCAGGAUCUGCUUUGUUUUCUAUUCACACCUGAAGAAUGUAAAGGAGGUGUACAUUACCACAACCUUGGACCGGGAAGCUCAGGCUGUUCGAGGCCAGGUGUCCUUUUAUCGGGGUUCACUUCCCACGGAGGUGCCUCAAGAAGCUGAGGCUGCCCGGCAGAGGAAGGGCACAGAUGCACUGUGGAUGGCCACCUUGCCCAUCAAGCUGCCGAGACUCCGGGGGCCCCAGGGAAGUGGGCAGGGGACUGACUUCUCCCUGAUGCCUCUGAACCUGGGUGAUGCGGAAACUGGUUUCCUGACUCAGAGCAACCUGCUGAGUGUGGCCUCACGCCUAGGUCCUGACUGGCCAGCUGUGGCCCUGCACCUAGGCAUGCCCUACCGUGAACUACAGUGUAUCCGACAUGAAUUCAGGGAUGAUCUGGAUGGGCAGAUCCGCCACAUGCUCUUCUCCUGGGCUGAGCGCCAGGCUGGACAGCCCGGGGCUGUGGGACACUUGGUAAAGGCCCUGGAACAGAGUGACCGGCAGGAUGUGGCUGAAGAAGUGCGUGCCAUCUUGGAGCUUGGCCGCCACAAGUAUCAGGACAGCAUCCGGCGCACAGGGCUGGCCCCUGAGGACUCCACUCUGCCUGGAACCUCGUCUUCACAGACCCCAGAGUCUGCCCAGGCCUAGGCUCAGACUUAAGCUGGCCUUUGACUUGCCUUGACCAGUAGACAGAGCCCCUUCCCCAUCCUUCUACCUCAUCUGUGUGGCACAAGUGUCCCAUCAUACAAAAUCUCAUGGUUUUGAAAGCUUGGUUUAUUUACUUUUUGAGACAGGUCUUACUGUCUAGCCCAAGCUAGCCUCCAACUCCCAGUGCACCUCAGAGACUGAUUUACUUAUAGAGUAGAGGGCAGGGGUGCCUAAGUGAUCUGAAGCCGAGCCCCCGGGUGUGCCCACAUUUCCUACCAUGCCAAGUCCUCCCGUUACGAUGAGGGCAGAGAAGGCCUGGGGAGGUGGCUCAGUGGUUAACAGCACUGGCUGCUCUUUCAGGGGACCCGGUUUCAAUUCUCAGCACCUACGUGGUAGCUCACAACGGUCUGUAACUCAAGUUCCAGAGGAUCAGACACCUUCCUCUGGCUUCCACAGCACCAGGUACACGUGGUGCACAGACAUGCACGCAGGCAAAACAUCCAUAUCCAUAAAAUAAAAGCUAUUUAUUGUGCA